AUGGGCGCGCCAAUUUCGCCCAUCAUGGCGGAGCUGGGCCGCUGGAUCCGCACCGAGCUGAAGCCGCCCCCCAGCGCCCUCCCCUCCGAGCCCGCCCUGCGCAGGCUGUGCAUGGGGCCCUGUGCCCCCAUCUGGGAUUACGUCAUCGGUCACGUGCGGCACCCGCGGAACGUGAAGAAGAUCAAAGGGAACCUGCUGUGGUACCGGCACCUCAAGGACAUACAGCAUGGGGUGGACUCAAGCAUGCCUUAUAUGGAAGUGGGCGUGGCCUUGAAGCAGCUGAGGGCGGAGCUUGACGUGGUGGGCGGGGCCGUGGGAGAGGCCGGGGCAGUGGUGCUGGAGCUGGAGGAGGCGCUGGGGGCGGAGCUUCGCCGCCAGGGGGCGGAGCGCCGCCGAGGGGCGGAGCUUCGGGCCCUGGGGGCAGAGGCAGUGCGGGAGGGGCUGCAGCUGCGGAAGGGGCGUGGCCAGAUAAGCUCCGCCCACCGGAACCCACAGCCAAAGCCGGGAAUAAAGAUGAAAGUGGCGGCCGUGUGCAGGCUGCGGGAGGAGGCACUGGAGGAGCUGCUGGAGCUCCGCCCCUUGUCGAGGCCGCAGGAGCUCACCAUGCUCUGGCUGCAGGAGGCCAAGGCGCUGCUGAACCAACACAGCCCGGAGGAGGUGCUGGAGGCCCUGGAGAGGCUGCGGAAGGGGUACCCCAAAAUCAGCCCUGACCCUGAUGCUCAGCCCGCUAUGAAGAGCCUCAUCCAGGACUGCUGGGUGGAUGUGGGGGGGCUCUGGGACCUCGUCCCCCCCUUGGCCUCCCGUUUGCCCACCCUGAGGCUCCGGCUGCUGCAGCUGCAGGGGGAGAUCCAGCUGCACCUGGAGGGGGACCCCCGAGCCCAGGAGGCUGCCAGGUUGAUGCUGGAGGCCGCAGGGCUCUCGGGGGCUCGGGGGGCCCUGCUCCAGCAGAGCCGGGAUCUAUGGGGCAGCCCCAUAGAGCCCGCAGAGGCUGCCCUGGGGCCAUUGAAGAGGCGGCUGCAGGAGGGGAAGCAGCGGCUGUCCCAUCGCUGGAUCCAGCUCCGGGCUUUGGCUGCAGCCAAUGGGAAGCUGCGGGCGCAGCUGCGGCCCCUGCAGGCCCAGGUCCUAGGGGCUGUGCGGCCCCCGCCAGGGCUGCAGGGGGAGGGGCAGCGGCUGCUGGAAGCGCUGAGCAUGCUGGGAAAGGAGAGGGUGCCCCUCCCCCAGAGCCCCGCCUACAGCCCCUUGCAGCCAAUCAGACGUGCCCUAGGGAUGGCAGAGAGUGAGCCCCCACAGGGGGCGCUGUUGCGAGCGGCAGCGCUGCGGGAGGAGCUGGAGCAGCUGCGGGGGGAGCUGGAGCAGCUGCGGGGGGCGUGGUCAGCGCAAGGGGCGGGGCCGGUUAAGCCCCGCCCACCCCGCGGACCCGCGGUGGGCGUGGCCAUCGCUGAGCUCCUCCCCCAGCUGCAAAUGGUGUCCAAGCACGUCCGGCAGCGCAUCGAAAACUGGCCCCACCUCCAGGACAUCGUCAGCCAAUGGUGGGAGCAGCCGGCUCAGUGGAUACCAGCUGCCUCCCCCAGCAACAUCCCCUUCUCCCAUUGGCUGAACCGCUGGUCCCAGGCUACCCAUGCCCUGGGCUUGCCCCGCCCCCUCCCCUUAGCCUCGCCCACCAGCGACGAGGAAGGGCGUGACCAGAGCAAGCCCCACCCCUGAGCCUUGGUUUCAUCAGAUGCUCCUAUUGGAUGGGGUGCAGGAGGCGGGGCUUCCAAUGGGGGGGGUGGCCUCAAGGCUGAGGCCCUGGAAGGGGAAUAGAGUAGGUCCUAUAGAAAUAAAGCAGGUCCUGUGUUAAUUACAUGUAAAUGAGGUUGUGCCCAUGUUAAUGAGAUGCAAAGCAGGCCUUGUGUUAAUAAACUCGUUCCCCCUGCAAUAUCAG